ACGAGGCAUGCGAGGCAACUGCUGGAUCUCGCAAUCGCCCCGUCGCAAUCGCCUUCGUCGCCAUUUGUCCGUCGUAUCGUGUGACUUGCUCUCGGAUAUCUCGGGCCAUACUCGCUCCACCCGCCAUCGCUCCGUUCCCCUAUAACUCGAAGACGUUCGUCCGCCCCCCAUCCCAUCCCCUCCCCACACUUUCGACGUUCGUGUUUGCAGGAAACAACGACUCUUCGACCUCUAAUCGACUACCUUCGUCGGCUCUCAUAAUCGCCUCAAGGUCGACCUAGUCAAACCGAGUUUCUUCUCAAGUACACUCGCUCAAGGGAAAAGAAAAGAGGAACUUUCCUGCCCAACAUGCCUAUGGAAGAACCCAUGGCCCAAGUGCCAGCGCCCGUGAUGGCCGAAAAAGCAGGCCGCGAGGACCUGCCGACUUACCCUCACGAUGCCAUCACGGAGAAAAAGUCUAUGGAAAAGGUUGAUCACCAUGCCCAGGAGGCCGAGGUGAGGGAACACUACUACGACCCCCUCAACCCGAACGAUGUCUACCCGACCGAAGAGGAGAUCCAUACGCUCCGAAGAGUACCCGACCGAGUCCCGUUCGCGAGUUAUCUCGUCGCCUUUGUCGAAUUGGGUGAACGAUUCUCUUACUACGGUACCACCGUCGUCUUCACCAACUUUAUCCAACGACCCCUCCCUCCAGGUUCCCGAACCGGAGCCGGUGGCCACGAUGGCCAACCCGGUGCCCUCGGUAUGGGACAAAAGGCCGCCUUCGGUCUGACCACCUUCAACACCUUUUGGAUCUACUUGACUCCCUUGCUCGGAGCCUACUUGGCCGAUCAGUACUUUGGAAGGUACAAGACUGUUCAGCUUGCCAACAUCAUCUGUCUGGUCGGCCACAUCUUGCUUGUUAUUUGCGCUAUUCCUGGGAUCAUCAACAAGAACGGCAUCGUCGGAUUGUUCGCCGUCGCCAUCGUCAUCAUGGGAGUCGGUACCGGAAUGUUCAAGUCCAACGUCUCCCCCCUGAUCGCCGAACAAGUUACCCGUCAACGAGCCGUCGUCGAAGAACGCAAGGGGACCAAGGUCCUCGUCGACCCCGCUCUCACCACGGCCAGGUUGUUCAUGUACUUUUACCUGUUCAUCAACAUCGGAUCCUUGGUCGGACAGAUCGGCAUGGUCUACGCCGAGAAAUACGUCGGGUUCUGGUUGUCCUACUUGCUGCCGACCAUCGUCUUCCUCAUCUGCCCGGCCAUCUUGAUCUUUGGAAAGAAGUACUACGUCCUUCGACCUCCCGCGGGCAGUGUCUACCCCUCUGCCUUCCGAGUCAUUCGAGCUGCCAACAAGGGUACCUUUUCUUUGAACCCCAAGAAGAUGUUCGGACCUCGAAACUGGGACAAUGCCAAGCCGUCCAUGCAGGCCGGUGGGGUUCCCGGAUGGAUGAACUUUGACGACGAGUGGGUUGACGAGGUCAAGCGAGCCCUGUCUGCUUGCAAGGUCUUCCUGUUCUACCCCGUCUACUGGCUCGCCUACAACCAGAUGACCGGAAACUUGACCUCGCAAGCCGCCGUCAUGGAACUCAACCACGUUCCCAACGAUAUCAUCAACAACAUCAACCCCAUCUCGCUCAUUAUCUUCAUUCCCAUCUUCGACCUGUUCAUCUACCCCUUCUUCCGAAAGCACGGUAUUCGAUUCACUCCCAUCAGGAGGAUCACUGCCGGUUUCGCUUGUGCCGCUUUGGCCAUGAUCUGGGCCACCAUCACCCAGCUGUACAUCUACCGAAUGAGCCCCUGUGGAUACUCUGCCAACACUUGUGCCACCGAGGACGGUAUCACCAUCCCCGCCCCCAUCAACGUCUGGUCGCAGAUCGGUGCCUACGCCCUGAUCGGUUUCUCUGAAAUCUUCGCUUCGAUCACCAUCCUCGAAUACGCCUACACCAAGGCUCCCCGUAACAUGAGGUCCAUCGUCCAGGCCUUGUCCCUCUUGACCAACGCCGUAUCCGCUGCUAUCGGAGAGGCCCUCGUCCCGCUCAGUGACGACCCCAACCUCGUCUGGAACUACAUGACCUGUACCAUCUUGGCCUCGCUCGGUGGUAUCGCCUUCUUCUUCACUUUCCGAGAGUUGGACCGACAGGAAGAGACCCUCAACGAGCUUCCAGAGGGUCACGUCUGGCCCAAGGGCAGGCCUGUCGAGACCGAAGAGGAGGAGGUCAGGCAUGCCUAGGUCGGGUCCGGCCUGGGUUUCGGCUGAGGACGCUCGAGAAGAAGAAGAAGUGUUUUCCGCAGCCGCGCGUCGUGGCAUAGGGAAAGAAAAGGAGACUCAUAUAGGUAUAAUCGCAAGGAUAGGGGGCAGAGCUCUCCUGUCCGAUACAUAUUGUUCUCUCGCUGCUUGCCAGGUGUACGCAUUGUAUAAAGUCGUGUAUAGAAUUGAACUUAUCAUGAUAUAGGUUCACUUGA